CUAUCCGACCGGUUUUGUUCAUUCUUUAACGAUUUUCGAAGCCGAAAGCGGAAAAGAAGCAAACAUAAAGCAAAUCCACCAAGCUGUAUUUGCAGAAGGAUCGAGGCAAUAGCUACAGAGUAAAGCAAUGGCAGCACUUCCAACAAGGAGAAGACGUCCGUCGGAAUACGAUCGUUUGUUGCCUUCAACAUCGGCCGAUGCGGAUGGUUAUACGAAGGUAGACAAGCCAGCGGAGAAACCAGGGGUUGAGGUGGAUAAAGGUCUGUCAUGGACAUUUCCUAUAUUUGCCCUAGGGAUAUUAAGGUAUUUGAGUGCAACUACGAAUAUCGUUCAUGACUGUGAUGAAGUGUUCAAUUAUUGGGAGCCUCUUCAUUUCCUCCUUUACAAAUCAGGUUUUCAGACUUGGGAGUACAGUUCUCAGUUUGCAUUGCGUUCAUACCUCUACAUUCUGUUCCAUUACAUGGUGGGUUGGCCAGCUUCACAGAUGUAUAAUUGGCUUGAUGAGGAAAAAGUAAGAGUAUUCUAUGCUGUGAGAAUCUUUCUUGGCCUUCUUUCUGUCAUAUCUGAAGCUGCUUUAGUAGUAGCACUUUCCAGAAAGUAUGGGAAACGCCUUGCUUGUUACACACUCUCCCUUUUAUGCUUAACAAGUGGUUGCUUUUUUGCUAGCACAAGUUUUUUGCCAAGUUCUUUUUCUAUGUAUGCAAUUUCUCUCUCUUCAGCAUUGUUUCUUUUUGGGAUGAAUGCCAUGGCUGUUGCUGUUGCAGCAACUGGAGUUAUUCUUGGUUGGCCAUUUUCAGUCCUUGCUUUUCUUCCAGUAACAGUCUACUCUCUACUUCGAAAAUUCAAAAGGGCGUUUAUAUCAGGGGCGUUUAUGUCAAUUACACUUUUGAUAAUUUCAGUAGUUGUGGAUUAUCAUUACUAUGGGAAAUGGACAUCUUCUGUUAUGAAUCUGUUGGUGUAUAAUGUUUUAGGAGGUGGAGAGAGUCAUUUAUAUGGAACUGAAGGGGCUUUAUUUUACUUGAAGAAUGGAUUUAAUAACUUCAAUUUUGCUCUUGUUUUUGCAAUGAUGUUUGUGGUUCUUCUGCCAUUUACAAAGAAGAAAUUCGCCCCUGAUAUGGUGAUUGUUGUCUCUCCUGUUUAUAUUUGGAUGGCUUUCAUGUCUCUACAACCCCACAAAGAAGAAAGGUUUCUUUAUCCUAUAUACCCUCUUAUAUGUGUUGCGGCUGCAGCUGUUAUUGAGAGUAUUCCUGAUUUCUUUUUUGAUCGUUAUAGAACUGAACAAUCUUUUCUCCACAACAUGGCUAAAUACUUGAGACCAUUACUUAUUGGUCUGAUUCUAUGUGUUUCUCACUCUAGAACAUUCUCUAUCAUAAAUGGUUAUGCUGCUCCUUUAGAGAUUUACAAACACUUUCAACAUCAUGAUGAUGCUGGAACAGGUGCGAUUGUGUGUGUGGGAAGUGAGUGGCAUCGAUUUCCGUCGUCGUUUUUUAUCCCGGAUUACGUGGGUGAAGUUAGGUGGAUUGAUGAUGGCUUCAAUGGGCUUCUUCCUUUCCCUUUUAAUUCAACUUUAGGUGGAACCACAGCAUCACCUCCAUAUUUCAAUAAUAAAAACAAAGCAUCACAUAAUCAAUUCCUUCAAGAUGUCGAAAAAUGUGAUUUCCUUGUUGAGCUUCAACUCCAACGACCCUUUCCUUCUCGUGGAAGCGACUUAUCCAAAUGGGAGGUGGUGGCUGCGUUACCAUAUUUGGAUAGGGAACUAUCACCGGCUUUACACAGAUCGUUUUUCAUACCGUAUGUGUGGGAGGAGAAAAAUGUGUUUGGGAUGUAUAAGUUGUUGAAGAGACAUAAAUAAAUAUUAAAGAGAGAGAGAAACAAUAGCCACUUGUUAGAUUCUCACUAGUUUUAGUUUUAGGGUUGAUGAUGAUUCAUGAUUGACCUUCUUUUUCAAGUAUUAGGGAUUUCUUUCUUUUAUAAAACUUUGUUGGGUUAUUAUCA